AUGAGUGAUAGCCCUGUCGAUCCUGGUGGUGUGGUUGACCCACAGCCACUGCUCCGUCCACUUCUGCGUAACUGGGCGAAAGGCCAGCGUCUCGCCUUUCUUGAGGGGUUCAUCUCCGACUACAAGGAGGGGAUGCUUACGAAAAAAUCCUCUUCCGUUCUCAACGCGAUAAUCAAUCAAUGGUUCACCCGCUUUCAUUGGUCUACACCCCUUUCUGCCGAUGACACAGCCACGCCAACGGUCUUCCUUCUUGAUAGCCAGGGCCAUGAGAUUUUAGGUUCGGCUGACUCAGUUCUCAAGGGCCGAGUGAUUGAGCGGGCACGUACAUCACUAUACCACUGGUAUGAAUACCGGUGCAAACGGACGAUCUUGCACCCUCGUCCAUCCAAGGGGAAGAAAGAUAACAUCACCCUCCUCGUGGAGAAGUUUCUUGGCCGUAGCACUUCGUCGACUAGGCGUAGCGCGGGCUGGGAAGUAUGGGGAAAGGAACAUUUUCCAUCGAUGAAGGCGGACUUCGAGGCCGAAUUCGCUGCCAGUGGUAGAGACAAAUCGGCGCGUGCGAGCGCUCGAAACGACUUCAAGCUAGCGCGAUGGAGGGAGCUUGAUGACGAUACGCAGGAACAUUGGAUUGCGAUUGCGAAAACAAACCACGCCACGAAUCAAAAAGCCACGCAGGAUCGGAUACAGCAUUCAGGGCAAUUGGACCCAGCUGAUGCUCAAGAAGUUCUGGACGAACUCCCAAAUUUUUUGGGACCGUUCAUCAAUGUCAUCGGCGAGGCGAUUGGUAUGCACAUCACAGUCCUCGUUGGCGGUCCCGAACCAAGAAAGAAAGGGCAGUUGAAUAUGUUUGGUAUCCACUACGGCGAAAACAAAGCCGCUGUCCCAAAAGUGUGGGCAUUGGCAGAGAAAGAAAAGUUUAACGUGGUCUCGGAGGCGUUCCUUGCUUACCUGUCGACCUGUUACACUGUCGACGAGCAGCGCGCGCGUGCAUUACCCCAAUCGGGCUCGGACUCUACCGCUAUACAUGCUGGCCCAUCCUCCUCAACGCCUCUACCAGGCACCAACUCUACCGCUAUGCAUAGCGGCCCAUCCUCCUUGACCACUCCACCAGGCCCCUCCACCGAAAAUUCAACCACGCUCUCUAAUUCCUCGGGUUUAGCGGAUGGUGGACAUAAGCGGAAGAGAAGCAAUGAAACGAAGGUGAAGAAGGCUCAAAAGAGUCGGCACAAAACCAAGAAGGGCAGCGCAAAGAAGAAGCCAAAUAAACGUCGCAAAGCGACAGUCUGCUCGGAUGCCGAGGCGUCAGCAACCGAUUCUUUUUUGGAGGGUUCAGAUUCGGGGGCGGGAACUCAACCUAAGGACUCAGCAGAGGACAGCGACCACGGGGAUGAGGACGACGACGACGAGGAAGUGAUUCCACAACCAACGACCAGAAAAAGCACCAGAAACACAAGUAUGGAUCCGAGGCUUUGGAAGGGCCCCGUGGCGCCUGUCAAUGCUGUCGUCAAUACCAUCAACAUCAACAUCAACACUUUGACAUCUCCAUCGAAGGCUUCUGCUUUGCCAUCUCCGCCGACCCCUCAUUCCUUGCCAUCCCUCCCAGUCGAUCCCCUCGUCAUCUCGGCCCCCCCUCCCUCCAUGGUCAGUGGCUCGGUAUUGGCCACUAAUCCUCCACCACCGCCUUCAUCUGACGAGAGCCCCUUGUCUGUUAUCAGUGCACAGGAUGAUUCUUGGCCUUCUUGGUUCACAGAUGCCCACCGACUCCUUUCCAGCCAGGAUUUAGGCCGAGAGUAUACGUCGCUCAUCAAUAAAUUCACGGAGCUUGAGAAGCGCACCGCAUUCACACCAGGUGGACGCUCAGCGGGAUUCGGGUCGGACAACAGACCGCCGGAGGUCCAUUAUUGGAUUUCUCGAGGACGCGCGAUUCAACCCAAGAUCUCAAACAUCGCAGACUUCAAAGACAGUUGGUGGAGGUGGUGGAAGGGUUUACAACCAACAUGGAGGGCUGUGUCUGAGGUGGAAGGCCUGCUCGAUCGAACUCAUCGCCCAGUCUCGAUGGGUGGUCACGAUUGGUCCACAAUCAACAAACACGGCCGCAAUGCAUUCUUCUCCGUUCUGGCGACUCUCUUGUGGUGGGGUGCAGCAUCUACGAAGCCACCAAUUGAAGAUUCGAGCUGGAUGGCCGCCGUUGAAGACGUGGGGUGGGUGCUCGACGGGCUAUUGGGUGUCCACACGCCGCCUGCUCCAACUUCUAAGCCAUCAAGGUCAUGUCGACGCUAG